ACAGGCAGCUUCGAUCCCGUGACUUGAAGGAAGAGAAUCAGGCCGUCACCGUCACAUCAGGCAACUCUAGCUAUAAGAUUGUGUUGGAUGUACAAGACUUCAUGGGCGGAGACGUGAAGGUGAAGGUGGUGGACGAGAGGGAGUUGUUGGUGGAAGGACGUGUGGAAAAGAAGGAAGAGGGAAGCUUAUCCCUGUCUUCCUAUUCCUUCCGACGCCGUUUCACUCUGCCACAACACACUGACAUGACAGCCAUCACUUCUGUCAUGUCCUCAGACGGUAUCCUUACGAUCACUGCUCCUGCAAAGAAUGGUAAGGUUCAGCAGACCAAAACCAUCCCAGUCACAGUCGAAGGAAAGCGGGCAGUUUCACAGGAAAAAACAUCCUCCUCUUCCACGAAGACAAGUGUCACCAAUGAAUCUAUCAAGGAAAAGAAAGAAGAAUGUGAGUGCCUUCAUUGUUCUGAGAGACAGACAAGCGAAGAGAAAACUUCUCAGAAGCAAAAUGAGAAGAAGAUUCCAAUCAAAAUGAUCGGAUCUGUGACAAAUGAAUCUGAAAAGGUUCGAAGCUCCUCUGCAGACACCUAUGUAAAUUCUCAUGAGAACAUCAGUCAGAAUCAAGUGCAGGAGGAAAAGCAAAGGAAGGCUGAAACCAUCGUUUGUAAGGAAUCAAGCGUUGGAACGUCUACUCAGCUUAAUAGUGGAAGGCAAUUUGGUGAGAAGAGGGAAUGCGAGUCUGAGGAGAAAUCGUCCCUUAUGGAAACUGCAACUUGCCAUGAAUCUGGAAGCAAGUUCGUCCCUAUUAGAAGAAGAGGACUUUUCUUUAGCGAUUCUGUUUUUCAAGACACCAGGAAUGACUUCCACAAGGCAAUUAAGGAAGUGCUAAGGAACUGGGGAGAGGAAUCGUCUAUCUUCGAUGAUCUCACUUGCUACAGAAAUCUUCGGUCUCGAGAUCUUAGAGAGGAGAAUCAGGCUGUCACAUCACUGGAGGACGAAUCUUACCAUAAGUUUGUAAUCGAUGUUCAUGAUUUUAUGAACGGAGGAGAAAUCAGUGUGAAGGCUGUGAACGAUCGAGAGUUGGUGGUUGAAGGUCACUUGGAGAAGAAGGGAGACGGUUCCAGGUCCAGCAAGCGGUUCCUUCGACGCUUCGUUGUUCCUGGAGACAUUCAGCUGGAGGCUGUUACAUCCGUCAUGUCCUCUGAUGGUGUGCUGACGAUUUCGGCUCCGAAAAAAAAGCCAACGAUUGCAAUCAAAGAAAUCAAAGUUCCAGUGAGCAUCAAGGAAAAGGGAAGCAAGAGCCAUACAGAGAUCCAAGACAAAAUUAUCAACUCGGAAGGAAGCAGCCAUGAGGCUUCAUCAGCAUUCAGUAUCAGGUCUGAAAAUCAGUCAAAAUGUGAAGCUCAUAGUGUACAGGAAGCCACCACCAAAGCAUCGUCACGGUCCUCAUCCAGCAAUACUACUUCAUUUACGUCCAAUGAAAGUCAAACACGCAAACACAUGGUCCCAGUUCAUUAUGAAGUUGCAGAUGAAAGCAACAGCCUCGAGCAACUUGAUCACCAGCAUCAAGUUACUAUGAAGGACAACCAAGUCUGUGAUGAUGCUCGAAAAUCGGAGUGUGAAACCAAAGUGUCUACUGCUUCCCUUACAAGUGAACACAAACGGUCUUCAGAAAGCUCAUAUUUGCCCAUAAUCAGGAAGGGUCUGUUUUGUGACGAUCAUUUCUUCGAGAAUGUACGUCAGAACUACAGUCAGGCUGUGAAGGAGGUGUUGGAAAGCGCGAAUGAAUGGUCUUGUGAAAGGGACGCCUUGCAGGCCUACAGAAAUUUACGUCAACGCAAUCUGCAAGUAGAAAAUCAAGCAUUCUCUGUGACUGAGGAUGAACACACACACAAGGUUGUGAUGGACGUACAUGACUUUACUAGCGGGGAUGUGACGGUGUCACUGGUCGGAGGGAGUGAGCUUGUGAUCGAAGGUCAAGCAGAGAAGCAGGAAGGCAGUUGUUCGGCGAGGAAAAGCUUCUGUCGCCGCUUUUUGUUGCCUGAGCUCGUUGAUCGAGACGCCAUCAGCUCCGCGUUGUCCUCCGACGGAAUUCUUAGCGUUAUCUCGACUAAGAAAGGCAAAUCCGACGAGAAGGCAAGCACCAAGGGCUUUUCGAGCGAGACGAGGACCCGGAUGGAGAACCAGACAGACAACGGCCACAGCUGGGAGGAGAGAAAUGUGGCGGAGUCUUCGAAAGAGGCGGACGGCUACAGCGUCCGCACGUUCGCCUCCAGUUCCCGCGCUCACCACCAUCAUUCCUACACGAACCAUUUCUAAAGUGCCAGCUUUUCAAAUCUUUACUUUUGUACUUUAGUUAAAUGUAGAUAUGAUUUAUUUUUAUUGAUUAUUCGAAACCAAAUCUGAUAUGUGAUAUGUGUGGUAUUGUGUAAGAAUGAUGUGGUCUUUACCAGUCGACGAAUGGCAAGAGCUAUUUAGAUGCCAGGAACGAUGACGCAACAGUGACAGAAGAUACGAUUACCUACCAACAUUCCCUAAAUGUGAAUGUGUUUAUCAAUUUUUAGACAACCUGCAAGCCCUAUUUUAUUGAUAAUGUAUAUAAUGUAUAAUCUAAUGAGAAAGAGUGAUUUUCACAAUGAUUUCCAAUAAAUAUACAGAGAAUAAA